GUUCGAAGUGGCCGGCUGUUGUACAUGUUCGCUCAGCUCGCUAUCAGCUAUUGAUCCGAUCCCGUCUAUUCAUCUUUUUCCACUCGAGACCCAUUCAAUACAUCUUUAAUUCAAUAUGGCUGCCAAUUCCCAAGGGAUUCAGACAUUGCUCGAGGCAGAGAAGGAGGCUGCCAAGGUCGUCCAGAAGGCCAGACAAUAUCGAGUUCAAAAGCUCAAGGAUGCUAGGUCCGAGGCUGCCAAGGAGAUUGAAGCCUACAAGGCCAAGAAGGAAGAGGAGUUCAAGAGAUUCGAAUCUGAGCACAUCUCUCGAACAUCAACUUCCCAAACAUCUAUCGAUUCUACCACGAAGACCCAACUUUCUGAACUUGACGACGCCGUCGCGAAGAACAAGGAGGAAGUCGUUAAGAAAAUUGUCAGCAGGGUUCUCCAGUCGAAGCCUCAUUUGCAUCCCAACUUGAAGAAGCUUGAGGCGUAGGAUUUGUAUAAAAUAGCUCUUUCGAGAUGUGAUUGUAUGCUUAAGUGUGAAUCCUUGGCGGAAACGGAGAUAGAAAAGACUUGCUA